AUGCAUAACGCCUUCGUGAAUUCUUCCUUUGCUUUAGGUUUUCGUUUAUUGACGGUUUCUCCACAGAACUCUUACACUAGGAAGAAUGUUGGAUACCUCUAUGCAAUCAAAAACGGAGCCAAAUGGAUCUAUGACACCGAUGAUGAUAACAAACCAUAUGGCGGGACUUUUUUAGGUCGAGGGCUCUCACAGUUUGACUUCACAAACACAACAAGUGGUUUGUGCUAUCGUAGAAGGGCCGAAGGAAGCGACACUCAGCAAAAAUUAUUCAACCCGUAUCGCUUCUUCGGCAACCCUGCCAUGUGGCCCAGGGGUUUCCCUUUAGAACAUCUUAGGAUGUUUAGGCUCCUUCACGCUGACAAAAAGAGCGGUUUAAAUGAGCGAUUCAAUGAGUUUGCUCCACCCGUCGUAUUGAGCCCAGGUAUUAGUUGUGCUUGGAAGCAUUACCAUUGUAUGAAUAAUACUGAUUUUUCAAAUGCGUAG